AUUUCUGAUAAAAUAGGCGAUAAUAUGUUUUAUGAACCCCAUCUGUCCCUAAUUUAUGUCAACAUAGGAUGUUAAUUCAAUGCGGAAUAUUUCACAUGCCGGUUAAGACAAUGGCAAAGGUAAUUUAUUUAUUACUUCAUAGUUUGUUACUUAUAUUUGUUAAGUUUUUCUUACUUAAAUUAAUUUGAGAAAUAUGUAUUUGAUAUGUGUUUAAAAAAAAGCUUUGUUAAACAAUACAAUGCUACUAAGCUCUGAUUUCAAAGUGUUUUAAUAACAUAACUGAGAAAGAUUUAUAUGCUAUUGAUCGUUAGAUUUGUAAAUAUUGCGGUCUUACGCGAUAAGGAAAAAUAAUUUCAAAUAGUUUUUCUCUCACUUCUAGGCUUUACUUACUUGGAAAAGUGGUUGUUAAAGGACAUGUGUAUCCAAUAAUGAAUCCAUACUGUCUGUUUGGAAGUGCUGACGGCUGUGAUAUAAUAGUUAAAGACACGAUUCCGACGCAUUUUCAAACAGAGUUUAAUUCUGUGAAGCAGGCAUUCCUCAGAUGUUUCAAACCAGUAACUCUCGAUGGACAAGUCGUCAGCGGUGUGGCCCUUCUUCCCGAUGUUGCGGUUAUAUUAAUAAAUAGAAAAGAAUUCCAAUUUCUAAAACAGGUUCAGCGAACAGAGAAAAGGAUAAAACCGGUCGAGGAAGCUGUGAGGUUCGUUUUAGGACAACAUGAUCCUGAAGAUAUAUGCGAAAAAUAUAUCAUAGACUUUAGAGGUGUACUACUGUUUAGCAGUAACCAUUCUACUGCAGCUACAGGUAAACUAGACGGCAGCAGUCAUCUGUCAGAGAUAAUUGGAUAGCUGCUGUGCUUUAUGACCAUUUUAUCGGUCUCUGGUCAGUAAAUUAAAUGCAUCAUUAUGUAUAACAAUAUCCAGCUUAUCAAAACUAUUAAUUAAAAGACGUUGUAACAAAAAAUCUACUCUGAAAACAUUUUAUAGUUUGAUAUAAUAUAAGAAUCAUUGAUUACAUCUUUCAGCCUCUAUAAAUUGCAGUAAAUAAAACAGGAAUUAAAGGAGUAUUUCUUCACUACCUGCCUAAGUAAAACAAUUUAUUUUAUAACAUAUAUGAAAUGCACUAUGUUCACUUUUUAUGUCUCAGGUCGAGGUGUUUUGGCGAAAAAAAAUGAUCAGAAAUGGAAAAUUCCUUGCGGAAUACCAUGGUGUUUUAUCCCAAGCUGACGACGUGAUGGACAAAGACACAAACUACACAUAUUUCUUUGACUUUAAUGGUGUCACGUACUGCAUUGAUGCCUCAGAGGAACCAAAACUGUAUCAACCAUCCUUAGGACGGCUAGUAAAUCAUGCAGACACAAAACAACAGAGAAAUUCGAGAAUGACAGUCAUUGGUGUGAAUGGGGUUCCUCAUCUUGUACUGUUUGCGACUAGAUUUGACUUGUCAUGAAAACUGCGACGAUGAGCCAGUUUAGUCUCCUGUAGAAUGCAGAGGAAGAUCUAUAGUUCGAUUGGUCAUGAGAACAACAACAGUGGUGUAACAUCGGCUUCCAAACGCAAAGCAGGUAUUGUGUUAACACAAUCACAGCAUGAGAUUUUUUGCAGUCAAUAAUAGUUGUCAUUCAAAUAAAUUAGACAUUAAUGUAAAGGCUUAACAACUUUAUAUUUCUUCUUUACCACUUGUACUUUCUAAACCUUAAAUGUAAUUAGAACCCUUUGUUGAAUAUGAUAAAUUGAACUCAUUUUAAUUUCAAAGCUUUGUUUAUUUAUUUUUUCUUUAUUCUUUUUUUCUUUUUAUCCUUCAUGAUUCUUUGUACUGUGAUUUUAUGUGUUUUUUACAAAGUAACUGAAACAGUUUUCUUGUAUAUAUUAGAAUUUCCAGUACAAACAGGCAAAAAGAUCAAGGUCGUUCCUUGGACAGAGAAGCAGUUAGCGGCCAUGCGAAGGUCAUUCGCCAAAAAUAUCCGCUGCUUAAGAGUUCCUAACAAGGAGGAAUGCGGACGAGCAAGGAAAAAUGAGAGCCUGUUGCUUUCUCGUGACUGGAAGAACAUCAAAUUCCGUGACCAUCAUGAAAUACAAAGAUUAAAGAAAAAAAAAGUUAACAGAAAAAGAAACAUCCGUUAAACUUGCAAUGAAAUCUAACAGACAUAUAUUUUCAAAAUGUAAAAAUGUUUAUGUGUGUUUUUUUUUUACAUAAAGUCCCCAGACACUCGUUCAUGUACAGUAUUGAUUUUGCUGGAUGUUCAUCAUGAAAUAUCGACAAAUUACUAUCACGGGUUCGUUCAUGAAAAAAAAAAUUGACUGAAAUAAAAGUACUGUAGUUCUUCGAUUGAGGUUGUCGUUCUUGAUGAAAGCUAAAGAUUUAUCCAUUCUUCUAAGUUAUACCGUCCAAACAAUUCAUUCUUGCAGAAUUUGUACAGAACUUUUGUUUAUCAUUCAUUUACAUGUAUUUACGAUAAAUACGUGUUCGCGGUCCGAAUACAUCUAUUCAUCCUUUGCACUGUGUUUGUUUUCAUCUUAACAGUGAUAGAAAUUUUUAAUUAAAUGCCUAGAUCUUGGCAGUCGGCCAAGGGAUUUCUAUCUUCACCAGCACAGUUUGGGAUAAUGACUAUCACAGUAUAGUUCCAAUAAACAAGGAUGAUUGUUUAUUGGUGGUCAGUCUACCUUACAAAUGUAUCAAUUAGUGAGAAGGGGAAACAUAAAUAUUGAUAACUUUUAAAGUUAUACCUGUUUGUUGGCAUUUUAUGUAAAGAAAAAUAUCUGUUGGUCAAACACAAUAAUUAAAUAAUAAGAAACUUUAUUUUAGGAAAAAAGCAGGCUUUUAUUUUUUUCAAAUUCUGUAUGAAGACGUGUGAUAUUGCAGAAAAAUGUGACUUUCACUUAUCUAAAAGUUUUGUUUAAUGCUUGCAGAAUACUGUAUAUAACAUUUGUCUAAGAUUGAAACCGAAUGUGCAUUUCAGUGUUACAAAAUAAAGCAUGAAAAAGUACACUUUUGGCAACUUACUGAAGUUGAAAAUUCAGUAUAGAUGGAACACAAUAAUUUGAUUUUAUCCAGUAUAUUAUAUUCAAAUAAUGGUGAUUGCAUAAAUACGAGAAAACCAUUUUCCCAUUCUUUCUGUAAAUACAAAAAUGUAUUCUAAAUAAAUAUAAGGAUCAC